CUCGGGUUCGAAUCGCCUUGCAUCCACCGAGGGCUCGAUCGCGAGCGUUCGAGGGCGGAGCUUGAGCUCGUCGAAGAUUGAUUGCACAUUCCUCUUUCGGUUUUAAACUCGUCAUUAUCCUUUGAAGAAACCUUGAAAGAUGAUGUAUGCUGGGAAUGGGAGCUUUGGAGCUAUCAAUAGUACUAUAGAGGAGUGGGAGGAGUCUAUUUGGAAUUUAGGACUUUUGAGAGGUUCUGGCAUUCACAGAGGAGGUCUAAAGUGGAUGAUUUACCCUACAUAUAAUUUGCAUUGAUUGUUGCUUUGGAGCAUUGUGGAGGGCUUGGGGGCAAUGGAGCUUGUGGAGCACCAUUCACAUCAAGAAUUGCUUUCUUGGGCAUACAUUUACAGCGGUGAUCAUGAGUGCUCGACUAAGUCAUACAAUUUAUGUGGGCAACCUCCCUAUAGAUAUCCGGGAAUCAGAAGUUGAAGAUUUGUUUUACAAGUAUGGUCGCAUUGUGGAAGUUCAAUUGAAGAAUCCACCUCGACCUCCUGGUUAUUGUUUUGUUGAGUUUGAAAGUUCACGGGAUGCUGAAGAUGCAGUGAGGGGUCGUGAUGGCUAUGACUUUGAUGGUCAUCGUCUCAGGGUUGAGUUAGCCCAUGGUGGUCGAGGGCAGUCAUUUCCAACUAGACGAGGUACUAGGCAUGGAGGCGGGGGAAACAAACAAGGAGUGUCACAUCGUUCAGAUUAUCGAGUGAUUGUCCGAGGACUUCCUUCUUCAGCUUCAUGGCAGGAUCUUAAGGAUCACAUGAGGAAGGCCGGAGAUGUAUGUUUUGCACAAGUUUUCCGUGAUGGUGAUGGUGUUAUGGGUUUGGUUGAUUAUACAAAUUCUGAAGACAUGAAAUAUGCUAUUCGUAAACUUGAUGACACCGAGUUUAAAAAUCCUUGGUCAAGAUCCUACAUUCGGGUCAAAAGCUACGAGCGAAGUAAGUCGAGGAGCCCAGGCUCAAGCCGGAGCCCCAGUAGAAGUAGAGGACCACGGAGGAGCAGGAGCAAAUCAAAUGACCGAUCACGUUCAAGAUCACCAUCAAAGUCUGCUUCUCCACGACCUAAAUCUGCGUUUCCAGCCAGACUGUCAAGAUCAAGAUCUAGGUCUCAAUCUGGGUGAUUAUUCCAGGUGAUGAAGAUGUGUAUGAACGUAAUGCUCUCCGCCACUACUGCGUGAAUUAUGAAAAAACUUUGGGACUUUAUCAGCACGUCGGACUUUUGUUUGUAAAUUGGACACUGUUUCCUUAGUCGAAUAUUGAUUGAACCUUUUUAUGUUGGACAUUUUUCCUAUUAAUUUGUGGCUUGAAUUUUCUUUUUCGAA